GGAGAACCCUUCGCCAUGGCUGCUCUAUGGCGAGCUUUGCCAGCGGCUUGCACGGCGUCCGUGCUACACAGCAAGAGCUUUUGCAGAGCCGAUUCAGAGAAGGACAAAUGGUCCCCUCGAAUAACCUGCUUUGGUGAGGCCAUGCUGCGCUAUGUGCCCGAUCCCCAUGGCGGUGAGGAUAGUCCCUUUGCUGCCAAGUGGCUGCGGAGUGUGGGGGGCGCAGAGCUGAAUAUCACGGUUGCCUUAUCGCGCCUGGGCUGGGGUGGCCGGUCCAGAUGGGUAUCUGUGGUGCCGCAGGGCGUACUUGGUGAUGACUUUUUGCAUAUAUUGGGGAAAGCCUACCCUGAUGAGAAAGGUUCAGGAAACUUAGACCUGGUGCGACGUGAGGCUGGAGAUGUAGGAAUCUACCAUGUGUGGCCGGCGCAGCAUAAAAUAUGGUUCCAGAGACAUCGCUCGGUUUUUGGGCUUAUGAAUCCGAGUUGGUUCAGCCGUGCAUUCUGGCGGCAGGUCCUGAGUGACGGUGCGUCAAGCAGCAUGCCUCAAGUACUUCACGUCACCGGCAUCACGCCGUUGAUUUCAGUCAACACUCGAGCAGCUUGGGAUCAUGCAUUAGAAGAAGCAUGGGCCAUCAAGGAGGACAGCAUACUUGGACGCAAACUGGUCGUCACAAUGGACCUGAAUCACCGUCCAGCCUUGGGGUCUUGGAAAGAUUUGUGGCAAAUGGCUGAACCUCAUCUUCAAACUUUGGAUCUCGUGGUCUUUUCAAUUGGAGACGUCAUCCAGGUGGGUGAAGUGUUUGGUGAGAACUUUGCAGCUGACUUCAAGGCUCUGAAGGAAGAGUCACCAGGCCGUGCUGGUGCAGCUGGUUUGGACACGCUAGUGUCCGGCAUCCCAGAACUUUACAACGGCAGAACUACAACAUUAUGCGCCGCCAAGAUAUAUGCCAAGGAGGAACUGCGUGGUCAAGUUGCAGAGUUACCUUGGCAAUCGCACCAACAUUGCAGUGACUUGCAAGGCAAGAGACCAAGUGCCUGGUGAGUUGCCCCAGCAGUUGAGAUGGUCCAUUCUUUGCAGAAAGGAUGGGACACUGCUUUCCACCUAUGAGACAGCGGUGCCACAGCAGGUCAAGGAGGA